ACUUCAACUUUAAAUAAAAUAAAUUAAUAAAAUCUUAAAUAAAAUAAACAAAAGUGAAUUUAUUUAUUUUUGCUAAAAAGAGCGUAACAAGUUAACGCGCUUGUAUUCACAUACACACAUACACACACAUACACACACCUGUGUAUUACAAAAUGUUACAUUAUCGAAAACAAAAACUACAAAAUGCAAAUUCUGCCGCCAUUGUGUUGUUUUUGUUUUGUUUGCUGGAAUUGGUGCCGUCAAAUGCUGGUCAAGGAUUUUAUUCCAUAAUUGCGCCGAAUACACUGCGUCCAAAUUCACAAUUUCAUGUUGCUGUAAGCAUACACAAAUCUCCGGAAACGGUGAAAGUGAAACUUGGAAUCUUAGGUUCCACCUAUACAGAUUUCAAAACAGUGGAUGUACGACCGUACUCUUCCGAACUUGUCGCGUUUGAGAUACCAGCACUGAAGUCUGACCGAUACAAUCUGACUGCUGAGGGUCUGUCGGGAAUCAGAUUCACGAAUGAAACCCGAUUGAAUUUUGAACCAAAACAAUUUACAGUAUUAGUACAAACAGAUAAGGCUAUUUAUAAGCCUACCGAUACGGUGCGAUAUAGAUUAUUGCUAUUGGAUGCCAAUUUAAAACCGGUGCGAAACUAUGGACGCGUGCAUAUGGAAUUAAGAGAUUCGGGCAACAACAUUAUCAAGAGCUAUAAGGACUUGCGAUUUACGAAUGGUGUUUAUAGUAAUGAACUAUUAUUAUCGAAUUACCCUAAAUUUGGUGAAUGGUCUAUAGACGUUGUGGUUGGAGAAGAACAAUACAAAAGCACAUUUGAAGUUCUGGAAUACAUUCUACCAAAAUUUGUUGUGGAUAUUGAAACUGAUAAACACACAAUCUAUAAAGAUGGAAAAAUACGUGCUAAUAUUAAUGCUUAUUAUGAUUUCGGCAAACCCAUACAAGGUGAAGCAACUUUAUCAAUAUAUCCCACAUUCUUUGGUUCACUGCAGCCCUUCGUCAAUGAUCUUAUAACACGUAAAGUGGUACCCAUCAAUGGUAAUGCAUACUUCGAGUUUGAUAUUAAAGACGAACUAAAACUAAAAGAAGACUACGAGCGCGAGUAUUUACUAGAUGCACUGGUAGAAGAGAAAUCCACGGGUUCUGUACAAAAUUAUUCAAAGGUGAUAACCGUACAUUUAGAUACUUAUCGUGUUGAGACUGUCAAAAUCCCCAGCUACUAUAUACCAAGUGUACCCUUUGAAGUUACAGCUAAAAUAGUGCGCAAUGACGGGGCUCAGUUGAAAAACUUUAGACCUGAUAUCACAGCUUACCUCACAAAUGUUUACGGCAGCAGCGAAAUGUAUAACAAAACAGUUUACAAUCUUGAUGGAAACGGUAUGGUAAAAAUGAAGUUCACUGUGCCAAUUGGUGAUAGGGAUGAAUAUCAUUCAGUCAUUGUGGAUUAUAUGGGCAUUAUUACUGACGUUGGCAAAAUUCCACGUAAACAUUUACAUAGUAAAAAUUACAUCACUGCUAAGAUACUCAAUGAUAAUCCCAAAGUAAAUCAAGACGUCAGUAUUACGGUGCGCGCUAAUGAACCACUGAAAUAUUUUAUUUAUCAAAUCGUUGGACGUGGGGAUAUUUUAAUUUCAAGAUCAGUUGACGUAGCUGAUGAAACUUAUUACACAUUCAAGUUUUUAGCUUCCUUUGCAAUGAUGCCACGUGCCAAACUUUUGAUACAUAGUGUCGUCAAUGGUGAAUUUGUUUAUGAUGAGCAAGUAAUUGAAUUGGAGGAGAAUCUGCAAAGUAUGAUACAAAUUGACGCACCCAUCAAAGCUCCACCCGGUCAAGAUAUUGAUAUAACACUCACUACAAAACCGUACGCUUAUGUCGGUCUAAUGGUAAUCGAUCAAAAUGCUCUGAAUAUAAGAUCAGGAAAUGACAUUACGUACGAUCGCAUCAUGAAUGCUUUGCAUGAUUUUGAGUUAAGCGAUAUAAACACACCUAUUGGUACGCCAGGUAAAGAAUCUGGUGUUAUCACAAUGUCAAAUGCUGAUGUGAUUGUUGAAAAGGAAGCUGAAACCACACCAACAUUAGGGCGCUCAUUUGUUUAUGAAGACGAUGACAAACUGACCACAAUCCGUAAGACUGACAUUGGCCCUGCUCAUAAAAUCGAAGUUAAUACCCUAGCACCUGGUAAAGGACGUUAUGCGUUCUCAUAUACUCCAAAACCAUAUUGGCAUAAUCCACGAGUUCACGUCAUGCACAAUCCAGCAGAUACCUGGUUGUUUAUGAAUAUAUCAGCUGGCAGUGAAGGACGUACCACGCUUCAUAGACGCAUACCAAGUACAAUGACGUCAUGGACAUUGUCUGCAUUUUCGCUUGAUCCAGUAACUGGUCUGGCUUUAACUAAACCCACAAGAAUACUUCAGUCUUAUAAAGAGUUCUACAUAACAUUGGAACUCCCUUAUUCCAUACGAUUAGGGGAAACAAUUGCCUUGCCUUUUGUUGUAUUUAAUAACAAGGACAGCGAUCUGGAUGUGGAUGUAACGCUUUAUAAUAAUGCACAAGACUUUGAUUUUCCGAAAUUAAAUAAUAAAGCUGAGCCCACACCAGCAAUUGAGCUGUACAGCAGACGUGUCGUACGUGUACUAGCAAAAUCAACCAAAUCGGUGUCCUUCAUUGUAACUCCAAAGCGUGUUGGCUCAAUCAAUGUCAAAGCUGUCGCUAGCACACAAAUAGCUGGUGACACAGUUGAAGGCACAUUGUUGGUGGAAUAUCCCGGCGCUACCGAAAUCGUUAACCGUGGUUUGUUAUUCGAGCUAAGCUCAAGUCCACAAAUUAAGGAAAAUAUUACAAUAAGCAUACCGCGUAACGCUAUACCGGAUUCUACAAGAAUUGAGAUUUCAGCCGUUGGCGAUGUAAUUGGUAGUGUAAUUGGCAAUGUGGAGAGCCUAGUUCGCCUACCAACUGGCUGUGGAGAACAGACAAUGGUGAACUUCGUGCCCAAUAUUUUGACGCUCAAGUAUUUAGAGCGCCUACGUCAGCUUACUCCAGCUGUUUCAACGCGUGCCAAAAAAUAUAUCGAUAUUGGCUAUCAGCGUUUGCUUUAUUACCGUCAUGUUAAUGGUGCCUUCAGUGCAUUCGGGUUAUCUGAAAAGAAUAGUUCUACUUGGCUCACAGCUUAUGUGGCGCGUACUUUUCGGCAAGCUGCUGUAUAUACCGAAAUCGAUGAAAAUGUCAUAGACACGGCUUUGAAGUAUUUAUCAAAGUUGCAAAAUGGCAAUGGUGGUUUCGAAGAGAGAGGUGACGUAUUUGAGAACUUCGACGAUGAUGGGCUCAGUUUAACCGCUUUUGUUGUUUUGGCAUUCCUUGAAAACGCACAACAAUAUCCCGAAUACAAAAAUAAUAUUAAUAAAGCGAUGGACUUCUUAACGCGUGGAUUGGAUGGCAGUAAUUCGCUGCAUGCCAUGGCGAUUGGCACAUAUGUCUUAUCACGCACCAAUCAUAACGCAAAAGGUGCUUUCUUACAACGCUUGGAUGCAAUGGCUGUCAAUGAAGAUGGCAGGAAAUGGUGGAACAAAACUGCACCACCGCUGGAGGGGCCAUCUCCCUGGUAUAACCACACACGCUCAGUAAAUAUUGAGAUUUCGGCAUAUGCUGCCUUAGCACUCUUGGAGAAUAAUCUUAUUGGUGACGCUCUGCCGAUACUUAAAUGGCUUAUUGAUCAGCGAAACGAGUUCGGAGGCUUUGUCGCUUCACAGGAUACGGUAGUUGGCUUACAAGCUUUGAUUGCCUUCGCGGAACGUUUCUCAAGUCAAGCGAAUAAUAUGCAAGUUGGUUUCCAUUAUGGAUCAGGUGCUGAGACUAUUAUGAAUGUCAACGCGGAAAACUCUUUGGUGCUGCAAACAUUUGAGCUGCCGAAUAGUAUUAAAAAUGUCACUGUAACAGCAACUGGGCGUGGCUUAGCAUUAGCACAAGUAACGUAUAAAUAUAACACAAAUGUAACCAGCGCCUGGCCAAGAUUUGUGCUUGACCCCACUGUAAAUCGUAACUCUUAUUCCGAUUACUUGCAUCUAUCAGCUUGUGCAAGUUUUGUACCAGUAGAAGGAGGUUCCACUCGUUCCAAUAUGGCUGUUAUGGAAAUUUACUUACCAAGUGGAUUUGUGGUGGAUACGGACACCUUACCUACGCUAGAGUCAAGCGACAGAAUAAAGAAAGUUGAAACCCAUCGUCGGAAUACAUUGGUUGUAAUUUAUUUCGACUAUUUAGAUCGUCGUGAAGUUUGUCCCACACUACACGCUUACAAAGUGGUUAAGGUUACCAAACAUUCACCGGUGCCAGUUAUCAUGUAUGACUAUUAUGAUAAUGUUAGGCGUGCCCGGCAAUUCUAUAGAGCUCCAAAAUCCUAUGUUUGUGAUAUAUGUGAAGAUGCGAAUUGCGGUUCGCUAUGUGAAAAAGCUGAAAAACGCGAAUCUCGCCGUUUAGAUAAUGAUUCCAGUACGACUGGUAUCAGCACUAAGUCCAAAGCGACGAUACUCUCUUCUGCGACUACAGCGACAAUACUGCUCUUUAGUGUUUUAAAAUAUGUAUUAUAAUUAAACUAUAACUAAUAUUCUGUGACGUUAGGCCAUAACUUAUAAUUAAUUUAACUUUCCUUAUUGACAAAUUUUAAUUUAAUAACUUUAAUGAACUCAUAUAAGCUAUUUAAUUUAGACUAAUUCUACAUAACCGUAAUUUUAAUAAUACCAAAAACUGAUGUACAUACUGAAUCUCAUUUAUAUGUAUUUAAAGCAAUGGAUGU